GGCACCGGGGAGGAGAGCAUCAGCAAGGCCAAGCAGAGCCGGAGCGAGAAGAAGGCCAGGAAGGCCAUGUCCAAGCUGGGUCUGAGGCAGAUCCACGGCGUCACCCGCAUCACCAUCCGCAAGUCCAAGAACAUCCUCUUCGUCAUCACCAAGCCCGACGUCUUCAAGAGCCCCGCGUCCGACAUCUACAUCGUCUUCGGGGAAGCCAAGAUCGAGGACCUGUCGCAGCAGGUGCACAAGGCGGCGGCGGAGAAGUUCAAGGUGCCCAUGGAGCACUCGCCGCUCAUCACCGAGACGGCGCCCACCCUCACCAUCAAGGAGGAGAGCGAGGAGGAGGAGGAGGUGGACGAGACGGGGCUGGAGGUGCGGGACAUCGAGCUGGUCAUGGCCCAGGCCAACGUCUCGCGCCCCAAAGCCGUGCGGGCGCUCAGGCACAACAACAACGACAUCGUCAACGCCAUCAUGGAGCUGACCAUGUAGCGGCCGGGCCCCCCCCGGCCCCCCCUGUAUAGGUGCACAGUUCUCCUCCUCUUCCUCCCCCCCCCAGCAUCCUUUAGCCCCUCGCCUUCGCCUCUGUAACGCUCAAUAAAUGCCUCAAGCAUCACUGGGAUCGCA